AUGUCAACAUUUGGCGGGGUAGUGCACGAGUUUCCCGACAUUCGUGUCGACUACUUCCGCCAGAUUCCAGGUCGCCGCCCACCGCGAGCCUGUUUCUUGAGCCAUGUCCACAGCGAUCAUCUUGUUGGCCUUGAUAGUUUUAAAUCUCCUUUCGUGUACUGCUCUCCGGCCACGAAAGAGCUUCUUCUUCGACUUGAAAGAUAUCCUCAUAGGUUAAACUUUGCAUCUGGCAUCUUGGAGUCAAGAAGAGUGCAAUAUAAGCACCUCAAGAAUCUACUCAAACCAAUCCCAUUAGAGACUCCUACUCGUAUUGAACUAGAACCUGGAAAUGAUAUUCAAGUUACUUUGUUUGAUGCCAAUCAUUGCCCUGGCGCUGUAAUGUUCUUAAUCGAAGGCAACGGUAAAGCAGUCCUCUACACCGGAGACAUCAGGUCGGAGCCUUGGUUUGUCAAUAACUUGACUAAGAAUCCAUUCUUGGUCGAAUAUACUUCCGGUAUCAAGAGACUAGACUGUAUUUACUUAGACACUAGCAACACGGAUCCGGUGGAGUUUCCAACUAAGGCCGAUGGGCUUAGGGAACUUAUCCAAAAGGUCUCGCAGUACCCCCCAGACACAGUAUUUCAUUUUUCGGCAUGGACCUUUGGCUAUGAAGAAGUUUGGAUGGCACUAUCUAAAGCAUUUCAAUCACCCAUCCAUGUUGAUGAUUACAAACUGAAGCUUUAUCAAUCCCUGAAAGGGGAUAAUAAUGAUAAGAGCAGCACCUCUGGGCUAUUCCAUGUACGCGAAGGCCCAGUAUUGGCAGGUUAUCAAUGUGGCAAUGCUCCUCAAGCCGGAUGCCUUACUAGUGAUAGACGCGUCCGAUUCCACAGCUGCGAAAGGUAUAUGAACUGUGAGGCUACGAACAAUCUAAACACGGUACAGAUUCGGCCGAUUAUUACGCGUACAAAAGUUGGUGCAGAGAUAGCAGAAGUUGGAGUUGGUGGAGGCGGGGGUGACCUAAGCCAACGUCCGGAAGUGGAAUUCGACAGUGAGUUGAUGAUUGAUCAAUUUUUAGGCUUAUUUGGAGAACUGGGAGAGAGCCGUUUGUCUGAAAUCAAACAAAUGCUUUACCACAGUCGUCGAUCAAGUCGAAAUGCCAUUUCGCUAGAUGAUAUGGGACUCCACGGGGAUGAUCAAACCGAGUUGAAGUUGAAAGACUUAGUCGUUUUUCUUGCUGAAUCCAUUUACAAGAAAAAAAAGAAAACGUUUGACGAGGAGGUUGCUUACAAAACGAAUGAAAAGGAUCUCCCCCGGGUUAUCACCUUUCCAUAUUCACGCCACUCAUCAUACUUCGAACUUUGUCAUCUCGUGAGGGUUUUUAACCCAAUGGAUGUUUAUCCUUGUACAGUUGACGAAAAGAAUUGGCAUGAAGGAGUUAGUAUGAGCCACCUAUUUGGGCCACAUUGCACUGCUAAGACAUUUCGCCACGAUACUGAGAUGCGAGAGCUUCUGGCAGAACGUCAAUCUCAGCGUUCCAGCGAGCAGUCACAGAUGGUCAAUUCGACUCAGUCCUUACCCUCUAGUCCA